ACAAAUUUUAAUAAGUUUCUUUAUACAAUUGUCAUCAAAGUAUUAAUAUCAUUUUAUAUUGAUUACAAAAUUUAAUAAUUUGUAACAGACUGAAUAUUAUGUAUAUACAUAAAUGUUCAGAUUAUUGUAUUUUUUAAAUAAUUUUCAGCUGCGGUAUUAAAUAUAGAAAUUUAUAAAGUUUAUUAUUCUUCUGUUAAAAAAAAACAAUGAUUAUUCUACGAAGAGGACUCUCACAUUUGAGUAGAUAUGUGCAACAUAAAACUACGAAUUUCUCCACAAAUGAGUGCACACCGGAAAAAAAGAAUUCGAUGUACAGAACAAGUGAAUGUAUAGUUUGGAUGGAUAUGGAAAUGACUGGACUCGAUCCGCUGAAGGACAAAAUUUUAGAACUCGCAUGUCUCGUCACUGAUUGCAAUUUAAAAACAGUGAGCGAUGAAUUUGAAAUUGUUAUUCAUCAACCGGAUGAAGUGCUCAAUGGAAUGGAUGAAUGGAAUACAAAGCAACAUCGAAAGUCUGGAUUAAUAGAUGGUUCUAGGAAUAGUAAAAUAACAAAUUCAGAUGCUGAAUUAAAACUGCUGGAUUUUUUACAAAAUUAUAUUCCACAAAGUACCUGUCCACUUGCUGGAAAUUCUAUUCACAUGGAUCGAAUGUUUCUCAAAGUGCAUUUGCCUUUAGUCGAUUCAUAUCUUCAUUAUAGACUAAUAGACGUUUCUUCUCUCAAAGAACUCGCAAGACGCUGGAAUCGCAGGGUUUACAAAGAAAGACCACAAAAACAAUUCACUCACCGAGCACUCGAUGAUAUUAAAGAAAGCAUAAGUGAAUUAGAUUAUUAUAGGACAUUUGCGUUUCAAGCACCUGAUUUGCGUUGAUUUUAGAUAAAUUACUUUUAUUCUUAAAUUAAAGUGAUAUUGAAAAAAUUUAAUUUUUCUUCUUGUAAGUAUUUACGUAAUAUCAAUUGUACAAAGCGACAUUAAUUUUUUUAUACAAAUAAAAUACCAAAGGAGUUUAUAAAAGGUAAA